CUCAAUUGAUCUGCGACGGGCAAAUGCGAAUUUGUUACCGAUAAGGGUCUCUUCUAGUUCAUAUGCAUUUGCCUUAUGGCGAAAUUGUUAUCCAGUUUUAUGUUAUAUGAAAAUGAUUUUGAAUGACAAGUGAAUAAGCUUAUUAGCUAGAUUCGUUCAGUUAUUGAAAAUUUCGUUCCUCGUUAAAAAUUUGUUCGGUGUCCCCAACUUUCAUUUAUAAGAUUUAUUUCCAUCAUGAGCGAAAAUGCAGAAAAAGGAAAAAUUUCUCCAGAUGAUUUGCCAAAUAUCAAUUUUAUGUACAAAACUAUGUUGGCCCGUGACCCUAGUAAAAGAAGAGUCAAACCAACUCCAACAGUUGAAUUGUUUCCCUUGACAAUAGAGUCAGAAUCUGAAGAUUCAGAUUUUAAAAUAGAAGAAGAUGACUCUGAUUCAGCAUCUGGUUCAUCGUCUGAUUCUAUUGAUGAAUCAGAAACAGAGAGUGAAGAACUGUCCGAAUCUGAACAAAACAAAACACUCGUGAAUGGUACAUCUACAGGGCCAGCCACUGAAGUGUCCGUGAAGGUCCAAGAACCUUUUGUUCCAUACAAAGCGCUGGACUAUCAAUUGCCUCCAGAAAUACCACAAGUUAGAGUUUGCUGCAUAUGCCUGGGGACACAUAGCUCAGAUGUAAAUGAAGUGGUUGAAUGUGACUCAUGUGGAAUAUUAGUUCAUGAAGGAUGCUAUGGUGUAACUGAAAGUGGAAGUGUGUCCAGCACUGCUUCAUCUUGUUCAACAGAGCCAUGGUUUUGUGAACCUUGCCAAGGAAAUGUCAUGAAUCCCCCUUGUCAAAUGUGCCCUAACCUAGGAGGGGCACUCAAAGAAACAGAUACUGGGCUUUGGGUUCACCUAGUCUGUGCUUUGUAUACACCUGGGGUUGCGUUUGGUGAACUAGACAAGCUGACCCAGGUCACUUUGUUUGAAAUGCCUUAUUCCCGCUGGGGUGCCAAAUCAUGCUCACUGUGUUCUGAUCCAUGGUUAAGUCGAACAGGGGUCUGUAUCGGAUGCGACGCUGGAAUGUGCCGCACUUUUUUCCAUGUCACUUGUGCUCAACGCGAAGGACUUCUUUCAGAAACAUUUCACGAAGAAACUGUCCAAGCAGAUCCUUUCUACGCAAACUGUAGGCUGCAUACAGACAAAAGCACAAUCAAGAGAAGGAAACAAAAUUAUUUGUCUCAUCAAAGACACCUCGUAUGGUGGACCAAUAAAAGAAACACUGGGCGUGAACUGUUGACUUCGGGGCAAAGCGAAGAUGUCUCGCUGCGUCGGAUUCUCCGGAAGUUAGGACGGCAAAGAGUCAAAUUCCAAACAAAACAUUGGCCUCGUGCAAGCUGGGUUCCAACCCAAAAAAUGCCACGUUUACUGACUACCUCUGCGUCGGCGGUGCGGCGUUUACGCGCCAAAGCCGUGCUUAUGGCUGUCGAUGUAGAGGCGGAAGAAGUUCGUGAAGCUCAAGUAUCAGCAUUAGCCGACCUCCCUCGAAAAUGGCACAUACCACCGGCCUUCUCUGUUGAAUUUAUUGCUUACGUUCUCGAUAGAGAACGCAGGAUUGCUCAGCUUAGGGAACAGACAACUUCCAUGAAAGAAGAGUCACGUGAGUUGGAUGACAGUGAGAAACAAUGGCGGUUGCGAUAUGAUUGCCUUAUUGAAGAGCAGAAUUUAUUAAAAAGCCGGGAAGCAGCUUUCAGAAAUCAACUAAGUACGUUGCAUCACAUUCUGUCGGCCGUUUCUCCUAAACGGGGUUUUAAUUACCCCACAAGUCCAAGAAGAAGUAGCGAAGAAGGCACCUCUGCUAGCAGACGUUCCAGUCGGCCGUCGCCUCCGGCAAAAAUCCGGCCUAACCGAGAUAGUGUUGAGAGUGUUCCAUCUCAAACCGAAAAUUCCAAUCAAAGUUCGCAAGAUUUUUGGGUUGCUGAUAUCCGAGCGGGACCCUCAAACCGCCUCCCAAACAUGAUGCAGGAAGGACAAAGUGGAUCCACUAGUACUAAAGAUGUGAGUCCACGUAUGAUUCUUAAGCGAGUCAUGAAAUCCGCUUCGCCUUAUUUAGUGAACAAGCAGAAAAAAACUAGAAUAGAGGACACAAGUGAAGGCCUAGCAGUAUCCCUGAAAUCCAUUCCUUCAGGCUGUGUUCAAAUUGAGCGACUUAAUCAUUCUGCUACUCCUGUUUCAACGAAAGCCGAACGGUCUACUCAGCUGACAAUCUCUCCGACCUAUAAGGCUAAUGGUAACGCUUCCGCGACGCCCUCACAACAUGGUGAAGUGCCAAAACUUAUGAUAAAACUGAAACCGAUUCUGCCUAAAGCCACUCAGUCAGGAUUUCCUUUUAUCUUUACCAAUUCCGAUUCGGAACAUUCGCAGCCGAUCCGAAGCCGCAGCCCAUCCGCCACUCGGCCAGAAUCGAGCUCUGUUAGCGCGUACGUUGAGAGUGCUGUGCGUACUCCAGUAAUACCCAUUGUGUGUUCAGUUUGCUCGCGUAACGGAAUUAAAUCAGACACUGUCAGUUGCGAUGAAUGCCAACGGGUGUUCCACUUUGGUUGCCUUGAUCCACCUCUCAAGAAAACGCCGAAGCAGCGCGGUUAUUCAUGGCAUUGCGCUGAAUGCGACCCUUCGGAACAAAGUGAUUGAAUGCUUUCCACGACAGGCCUAUCCAUCGCCUGUCAGCGUCCUUCGUCGGUAUUUCUCAUUUGAUGUUCGAAUAUGCUAAACUAAUACGAAGGUCAACAGUGUCACGGAUGAAAAAACAUGGAGACCGUUUGGAUUUAACUAGGUUUUGAUACCAAACAAAAUUGUCAGAGAAUGUCAAAGAAUGAGAAUCAUACACUAACUUAUAUGGCAAAA